AGUUCUUGUCAAAAGACCCAUAAAAGAAAAUCAGACAGGAGAAGAACAAAGGGCCUGGAUGAGAGAACAGACUGAAAUGUGCUGGUACACUGAGGACUCACAUGGGGGUGUUCAGCUUAGAAGAUUUUCUAGGCAGCGUAAUUGUUACUGAUUGCACCAUAAACCAAGAACAACUUAGUAGAGAGGUAAUUAGAGACUUGGCUCUGGUACAUCACGACAGCAGCAGCGUUACCAUGGAGACUGGCAAGCCAGGAUUGGUGAGUGCUCCACCGCACAGCAGCUCUGUCUCAGCACAGACAGAGAAAAAGAUGGACAUCCAGGCCCCAUUGACGGCUGUUUACAUCCGCACAGUGCCUGCUCUGCCGCCACAGCCUUACCCGCAGGCUCAGCCUCUAGCAGCCCCCCAGGAACCAGCCACACUCCAUCUGGCCAUGCCGCCGCUCUACUCCAAAGAGACGCUUCCCUUUCUGACACUCCAUAUAGCUGGUGGGCUGCAGUCUCAACAGCAGGGAUUGAGUCUGGCUGCUGCUCCUGUAGCCAGACCCAAGUCGGCAGGGAAACACGUGUGUCCUCACUGUGGACGGGAUUGCAUGAAGCCCAGCGUCCUCGAGAAGCACCUUCGCUGCCACACUGGAGAGCGGCCGUACCCCUGUACCACCUGUGGAGUAUCCUUCAAGACUCAGAGCAAUCUCUACAAGCACAAGCGCACCCAGGCUCAUGCACGCCUCUCGUCAGAGACAGAGCAGAGCAGCCUGAGCAGCCAAGAAAGCCCGUACAGCUCCAGGGAGACUUUUACCUCUGCUCUGUCUCUAGAGGGCCGUAGUGAGGAGUCGGGCAGCCUGGAAAAGGAAGUUACAAAUCCCUCAGCUGACAUCACCUGUCCAGCCAGCACUGUAAAAUUUCACUCCACACAGAAGCAGGGUCCAGACACAGGCUGGGCUCCCAUAAAAGAUCCAGUCAGCGAGCAGAAUGAGCUCACCUCUGCAGCUCAUAAGACAAAGCCAAAUGAAAGUCUGGAGAAAACAGAGGAGGGAGACAAACAGAAGAGGAUGGAACGCGAAAGGCCUCCACUGACUGGAAGCCGACAUCUCCCCCUUCAGAGACAAGAGGCCACUCUGUUUUCCAAGCAGUGGGAGAGUUCAGUGUCCAGAGGGAAAUCACAGAGCCACGAGAGCACCGACUCGGGCUUCAGCGAGAGCAGUGACCAGUACCCAAGCCCUGGGAGCGUUUUACCCGACCACAGCAUGGAUUCCCUCACUGAGUCCGCCAUGGAGCAUCUCGAGCAGCCCAGCGGCUCUCACACACCUGCAGACUCGGGGCAAAGUGGGCAGCAGCCGAAAGACAGUGUAUCUGAGAAGCAGCAGAGGACACUGGAGGAGCGCAUUUCGAAACUGAUUUCAGAGAACAGCGCUGUUGUCGAGGACAAACACCUGGAAAACGUGAGGCCGCGGAAGACAGUGCUGUCAAAGCAAGGCAGCAUUGACCUCCCCAUGCCGUACACGUACAAAGACUCCUUCCACUUUGACAUGAGGAUCAGUAAGACUGCUAAUGUCGGAUUACACAAGAAGCCUGGUUUAUACAGCUCUGUGCCUACCCAGCACUCCACCAGCAUGACACGCGCCCCCUUAACCCGGAGCAGCUCCCUGCCCUUCAGCGUCACCCUCCUGCAGCCUGAAAGGAGCAGCCCGUCCUCUGUUUAUCAGAAUGAUUAUGUAACACUGGUACGGAGGGGAAGCUCCGGCCAGAUCAACCCAACAGGUUUUGCCAUCAAGUCUGUGGAUCAGCAAGCAUCUACCCACCGCCCACUGGUACGCCAGACAGCCGUAGACUGCAACCACGCAACAGACGGCCUCUUCAUGAAUUCAUCCAUGGAGGAGGCCUGCACCAGCAGUCUUAGCUGCGAUGGGGAUGGCACUGACAUUUGUGGAGAGCCAAGCAACAGAAAGUUUCGCAGGAAGAAAGCACAGAAGUUUGCCUACAAUAAGUGGUACAUGUACGGGGGAGGGACUUUUAAGAAGCUCUACAAUGCAGACAAAGCCUCUGAUAAUAACGUUUUCAAGGCCAGGAAAUCUUUGACUAAUCCAGAGCAAGAAGUUGCUCAGGGAAUACAGAAAAGACUGUCAGCAGUUCAUAAAGACACAGUAACCACAACAGGCUCAACAAUAAACUCCACAAGCAGCAGUGCAACUGUGUGCCAUCCAUGCUGUCUCGCUGCCAACCUGCCCCCUGUCUCUGGUGUGGAUUUUAAUCAAAAAGCCAGCCAGCUUCAUUCAUCAUGCUCGUCUCUGAAGACUCCGCUCCUGAGAAAUCCAUCUCUGUCAACACUGCAGUUAUCUUCUACUGGAUCAUCAGUCGCUCACAACACAGACAUCACCAUCAGGGCAGAGGCAGAGAGACUGAUUAAUAAGGAAAAACACACUGACUCCCUCUCACAACUCUGUGGAGCCCACAUUCCCUCUGACAGGAAAAAGCAAAGGACUGAUGACAAAAUAAUAGGUCCUCCCGGGAUGGAGACUGAACCCAACACUUUGACUCAGCUGGCUCCCUCGGUCUCUGGAAGUGUGCCCAAACAGGAUACAAAUCAUAGUUACAUCAACCUUCAAACAAAUCAGAAACUUAUUCAGCUUACGGGAGCUCUUUUCCCUCCCUGCAUAAUCAAUGCAAAUGGAACAUCUGUUUGCACCUCACCAGCCAUUUCCAUGCUCUCCCCAGCCAAGACCAGCUUCCUGCCCAAGUACCAGCUCAAGUUACCUAAUGCUCCUGAACCAGACUCAAAUCCGUCAUCGCACGCUCUGACUCAGCCAACAGGAACCAGUGACCCCAAAUUUGCCUCUGCUCUGUCAUCCUCUCACACUGAACAGAUCACACCAUCCACAACAACCUCAACAGCGGCUGACAUUAAAUGCACGGAUCCCUUCAUCCCACUUGCGGUGCACACUCACAGCAUCACAAAGACCAACAGUUUCAGUUCUGUGCAGGGUCAGCUUGUCUUUCCUCUCACGGCUACAACACUUUGUUUGUCUGAAACUUCGGUGACGACACCUAACCCAUCUGUAGUGCACAGACAAUUCACAACAAUCACCACAGCCACAAACUCUGUGCAUGAUCAACACACACGAUUAUGCACCACUUUAAUGCCGAGCUCACCCUUGAAACCUGUUGCGGGCUCACCCAGGCCUGUUGCACCUGUGAUGCAGAACAUACCUGCUGCAUCUAUCAUAACCACAGAAAAGAAGAAUCCGUCAUCUGCCACAGGCUUUACAGCUCACUCACAGAGUCAGCAUCUUCCUCUGUCACACACACAUCCCUCAUCAACACCAGAUCAACAAAACCCUGUAAACAGAGUGACGGCUAGCCUGAACGCCUCGACCGUACCGUGUCACAUUGUGCCAUUUGACUCAGUGCAAUCAUCCGCUCAGAAUGUGUUUCACGUGCACACAGCAGACCUCCAGAUUUGCCUGCAGAUCAUAUCAGAUGAGCAGCUAGCUCUCAUUGAACCGCAGAUUGAGAGGCAAGUUAACACAGCAAGGAGCAGCCUGGCACAGAGAAAUAACCUGCAAGUGAUGGGCCAAGAUAUCGUCCAAAGUAAAGCACAAAACUCUGCCACUCUGGAAAGUACUACUGAGGGCAGGAACCAUGACCAGCCUGGACAUCAAACGAAGACGGGCCAGUGGGAGCCGUCACCCUCUCUUAACACAGAGAGCACACAGCCUUCAUUGCCGGAGCACAUUCAGAAGCCACAACCGAACACGCCCAUCUCUGAACAAGGUCAUGUCAGUCAGGCCACAGUAUCAGUGGAAACUACACCUCCUGAAUCCUCAGGCUUGUCAACACAGCCACACAAAUGUGGUCACAUAAACAUGGUCACAGAGACUACGAGGUUACCAGGCCAUGCUACGCCAACUGUUGCUGUGCAGAAAGGUGUAAAUUCAGAGGGCGCUCAUGUCUGCACUGUAAAGCCCUCUGCUGCAGAUCAUCUUUUGCCAGAUAGAAGUGUCAGCCAAGUAGGACAGGUCUCCGAAACACGAUCUGGCCAGCACAAGCUCUGUCUCGGAGAUGUGGCCUCCCUCUCUCACAGCACAACAACAGAGAAUAGCACAGGAGCUGGACUGCCAUACAAAGGAAGCCAUCACAAACAUAUUAAUCAAAGGGCCACUUGUAAUGCAGGUACGAUGAAAACCAAACUGUGUAAAGCCUCAGCCCAUGAAAGCACCACUCACGGAGAGACCUGCCCAUCUCUGCAGGCUGGACUUGGUCAGGCCUCCAGUGCUGAGUGUGUCGACACCCUCCUCAGGGCGGUUUCUUCAUCUUUCAUCAGUAACUACAAUGCGGAAAGAGAAGGGAAUCCACAAGUGCCCAUUUACAGCUGUUAUCUUGUGAAUUCUAGAUUAGUGAGCACAGAGAUCUCGCCGUCAUCCAAACAUGCUGACAUGGGAUCUGAGCCGGCCGGACCUUCACAGCAUCCUGCCUCUUCAAAGGACGUGAAUGUCAGUGAAUCACAGGGUGCAACCAGCUCGGCCCCCUCAGAGAAACAUCUGGGUCAGUAUACUUCAGUGUCUUAUAAUAACCAGGUGGAAAGGCCCAAAGAUGCCAUGGAUGUCCUCACAACCAAUCCAGGCCCCAUUGCAGGGCUUACAGAGGGAGGCUCCCUGGCAGGAUGUGCAGCCCAGAAGGAGCCGGAGAUAUGGGGCCAAGGAGGGACCCCUGGGCAGCCAGACAGUACAGACUGGGAGCCGAAGCAAAGCCAAGAAGCCGGGGAGACAGACCACCAAUGCAUGGAGGGACAAGAGAGUGGGGGAGUGGCGGGAGAGAAUAAGAAUGGAGGAAUGAGGAGUACCAGGACAGAGGAGGUGCUAGGACAGUGGGGGAAGUCGGAGUCUAAUUACAGACACCAGCAAUUAUCAGAUAUGAUAAAGCCAGAGGAAGAAGAAAGAAAGGUCAAGGCGGAUUCAUUUAAAAACUCUCUGCUAUCUGAGCAGGACCAGCAACGUCUUUCCCAGACACAGACUGGAAUGUCUGAAUACCCUCCACAGCCCCCUCAGCAAGGGCCAAGCACUUCAAAUAACCUUAACUCACCUGCCAACAGCCAUACCAUUCUUUUCAGCUCUCCACAGCCUGAACUGGACAUGAACCACUUUUAUUUUUCACAGCCACCGUGGGAGAGCAACAGCACAAAUAACCAACAAACACAGAUCGUAUGUGACACCAGUGUGACUCAACAUGUCAACCAACAGUCACGACUGGCAGGAACACAACAUGCUCUUUCCCAAAUUGAGACAAUCCAUCAACAAACUCAGAAAUCCAUUCCCAGUGAAACAUUUUCACAGCAGGACCACCGAACACCAGACCACAUGUCUGUUCCAUCCCUCCCUCCACGAGAAACUAGCACUGCGGUUAACAACAACUCUCAAGCAAGCUCUUCCAAUAAGUCAGUUUUUGAAGAUUGUACAACCCCAAGCAUCUUGUCUGCAGGCAAAACUUCACCAUCCAUACACGCCACCCAGGUUUCCCAAUCUGCUCAUGUCAGUAAAGCCUCAUGUGGAGCAACAGGGGACACCCAGGCAACCAGCAACAAGGUGCCGGACACGAAUGUGCAGCUAUCGAAACCUUGGACCUCCAUAUGCCCACAACCGGAUGACAAACAAGCGAGUGAAGAUCGGACGGCUCAUGACCCCGUGACCCCGGGCGGUAACGCAUUGAGAGCUGACAUUACCAACAAAUACCAGCCUUUUUUCUCAGCUAGCCAGCUUCACUGCUACCAGCCACCUGAGUGUCUGCCCGGUGGCGUGAGGCCGGUGCCAAGCUGCCAAGAUUACCCAGACGACACCAGCAGCAGUGACGACGAGGGAAAGCUGAUCAUCGAGCUUUAGGGGGCGGGCGCACGCCAACGGGAGUUUAAGCUACACAAACAUUUCCUGGAAAUAAAGCGUCCCUAAACCUCAGCGGCCAGAGUCACGGAACCACAGUUUUUGUUCAAAGCGCUGGUUAGCUAAUUGGCAAAUGGAAUGGCAAACAAAGAACUGAGGUCAAAAUAUAAACAAAAAGUCUGAACAGCUAUUAUGUUUUUUUCUUUUCUUUUCUUUUCUUUUUUUUUUUUAUUGAUAACCACGAUUUCCAUUAUGUUAAAGGGUCAGCAGGCUGGCUAACUUGCUUAAUUGGACAGGCUAGCCUAGGAUGGGAAUAAAUCUCUGUGUCCAGAGCCCUUUGUUCCCUCAAAAAAAAAAAAUUGUUUUCAUGUGUCAUUUUCAAACACC